UUAACGGAAGCGGAAAUAACGAAAGCGGAAGUACCGGUUGCGUCCCCGCCGCCGUCACCAUGCCGGGCCGUGGCCGUUCUCGCGUCCCGGAGCGGUGGACCGAUUACGUCCCGUUAGGCCGCAGGCUGCCGGGCACCCGCUUCAUCGCCUUCAAAGUGCCCCUGAGGAAGAGCUUUAAUCAGAACCUUCACCCGGAUGAGAGGUUUUCACCUUGCGACCUCAUUGAGAAAAUCAAAGAGCAGAAAGAAGAAUUGGGCCUCAUCAUUGACCUGACGUACACAACGCGCUACUACGGACCUGAGGAGCUGCCAGCUACACUCAGGUACUCAAAGAUCCUGACCAUGGGACACGAGAUACCCAACAACCAGACUAUUUUUCAGUUCAAACGUGUUGUGGAAAGCUUUUUGAGAGACAACAAAGACAACGAUAAACUUAUCGGAGUGCAUUGCACACAUGGCUUAAACAGAACUGGCUACCUGGUCUGUAGGUACCUGAUUGAUGUUGAAGGCAUGGAGCCCAACGCUGCAAUAGAGUUGUUCAACAGAGCUCGAGGGCAUCCCAUUGAGAGAAUGAACUACAUUGAAGAUCUACAGAGAAGAUCUGGAAAGAGACGUGAAGUGAAGAACUUGGGGUCUGUCCCGAUCAAACAAAGAGUGGAUGCUGUGUGGAACAGUAGAAAGCAGAAGGCAGAGCAUCACCCACAGCGUUCAGAAAACCUCCUGUUAACAACGUCCAGGAACUCUGUCUGUGCCAAGAAGAAGAAAAAGGGGAAUCACAGAGUGCCAGAACAACAGCAGGAGUUGGUGCACAAACCUGGCACGGCUGAGAAAAGGUGGCCUUGCAGUUUGGGUCAGAGGAACUGUUCGGUUUCAAUGCCUUAUAAUAAGAACCAACGCAACGAAGCCUCCUUCCUACCUCCAAAUCCCCUCCACCAGCAGCCACAGGAGACGUGCGUGGCCAGGAAGCGCCGGCGGCGGCGGAAGAAAAGGAUGGAAGAACUGAAAGGCACAAGAGCAUCCAGUCAGGGCUGCGUCUCCACAAGGGGCUCCAGACUGAGUCAGCUGUGACAUCCAGCAGCAGCUGAGCUGGAUGCUGGGAACUGGAUGGAGGCAUCAUUCACAUCAGCACAGCUCUCUCCUUUCCCUUUAGAUUCCCCCCAACCCCCUUUUUAAUGCUUUUCUGGGUACUUUUAACAAGUGGCUCAGUGCGUUGGAAUCACUCUGUGCUGUUCCGCAGUCCUGGCUCCGUUUCUCAAGUGACGGAGGGAAUAAAUGGAACUGGAUUCAA